CAUAGGUGUAAAUGUGUGUGUGAUGUCUUUCUACAUCAGAAACGGAUUUCACAACAGCUCCAUCUUAGAUCCCAGCAGACAUGAAGAAGCUCUGUACUUUCACUAUUUCAUUUUUGUUUCUGAAGUUUUGGCUCAUCUUGGGCUGUUUGACUGAACCCAGUUGCUUUUGGAGGAUAAAGAAUAGUGAAGAUAGUGAUGGAGAUUUGCAAAGGGAAUGUCAUUUUUACCUUUGGUUACUUGAUGAACCUACUGAAGAUAUUUUUUACAAUUCAGAUUUAAAUUUUCGAAUUGCAGCAAGUGAAUAUGAGCUUCUUCUGGUAAUGUUUUUUGCUACUGAUGAGAUCAACAAGAAUCCUUAUCUUUUACCCAACAUGACUUGGAUGUUCUCCAUCAUUGGAGGAAACUGUCAUGAUUUAUUGAGAAGUCUGGAUCAAGAAUAUAAACAAAUAGAUGGACAUAUGAAUUUUGUUAAUUAUUUCUGUUAUGUAGAUGAUUCAUGUGCCAUAGGUCUUACAGGACCAUCAUGGAAAACAUCCUUAAAACUGGCAAUGCAUUCUUCAAUGCCACUGGUUUUCUUUGGACCAUUUAGUCCUAACCUACGCGACCAUGACCGGCUGUCCCAUGUCCAUCAGGUAGCCACCAAGGACACACAUUUAUCACAUGGCAUGGUCUCCUUGAUGUUUCAUUUUAGAUGGACGUGGAUAGGACUGGUCAUCUCAGAUGAUGAUCAGGGGAUUCAGUUUCUCUCAGAUUUAAGAGAAGAGAGCCAAAGGCAUGGGAUCUGUUUAGCUUUUGUUAAUAUGAUCCCAGAAAACAGGCAGAAAUACAUGACAAGGUCUACAAUAUAUGAUAAACAAAUUAUGACAUCUUCAGCAAAGGUUGUUAUCAUUUAUGGUGAAAUGAACUCUACUCUAGAAGUCAGCUUUAGAAGAUGGGAAGAUUUAGGUGCUCAGAGAAUCUGGAUCACAACCUCACAAUGGGAUGUCAUCACAAAUCAAAAAGAAUUCACAUUUAAUCUCUUCCAUGGAACUAUCACUUUUGCACACCACAAAGUUGAGAUUCCUAAAUUUAGGAANUUUAUGCAAACAAUGAACACAGUCAAAUACCUAAAUGAUAUUUCUCAUACUAUACUGGAAUGGAAUUAUUUUAAUUGUUCAAUCUCUAAGAACAGCAGUAAAAUGGAUCAUAUUACAUUCAACAACACAUUGGAAUGGACAGCACUACACAACUAUGAUAUGGCCAUGAGUGAUGAAGGUUACAAUCUGUACAAUGCUGUUUAUGCUGCGGCCCACACCUACCAUGAACACAUUCUUCAACAAGUAGAGUCUCAGAAAAAGGCAGAACACAAAAGACAUUUCACUGCUUGUCAGCAGGUGUCUUCUCUGAUGAAAACCAGGGUAUUUACGAACCCUGUUGGAGAACUGGUGAACAUGAAGNAUAGGGAAAAUCAGUGUACAGAGUAUGAUAUUUUCAUCAUUUGGAAUUUUCCACAAGGCCUUGGAUUAAAAGUGAAAAUAGGAAGCUAUAUACCUUGCUUUCCAAAGAGUCAACAACUUCAUAUAUUUGAUGGUUUGGAAUGGGCCAUGGGAGGAACAUCAAUAUGGAACAGUGUGUGAAGUGUCCAGAUGAUAAGUAUGCCAACAUAGAGCAAACCUACUGCCUCUCAAGAGCUGUAUCGUUUCUGGCUUUUGAAGAUCCAUUGGGGAUGGCUCUAGGCUGCAUGGCACUGUCCUUCUUGGCCAUCACAAUUCUAGUACUCGUCACAUUUGUGAAGUACAAUGAUACUCCCAUUGUGAAGGCCAAUAACCGCAUUCUCAGCUACAUCCUGCUCAUCUCUCUAGUCUUUUGCUUUCUCUGCUCGCUGCUGUUCAUUGGACAUCCCGACCAGAUCACCUGCAUUAUGCAGCAGACCACAUUUGGAGUAUUUUUCACUGUUGCUGUUUCUACAGUGUUGGCCAAAACAAUAACUGUGGUCAUGGCUUUCAANCUCACUACUCCAGGAAGAAGAAUGAGAGGGAUGUUGGUAACAGGGGCACCUAAGUUGGUCAUUCCCAUUUGUACCCUAAUCCAACUUGUUCUCUGUGGAAUCUGGUUGGUAACAUCUCCUCCCUUUAUUGACAGAGAUAUNCANUCUGAACAUGGGAAGAUUGUCAUUCUUUGCAAUAAAGGCUCNGUCAUUGCCUUCCACNUUGUCCUGGGAUACUUGGGCUCCUUGGCUCUGGNGAGCUUCACUUUGGCUUUCUUGGCUAGGAANCUUCCUGACACAUUCAAUGAAGCCAAGUUCCUAACUUUCAGCAUGCUGGUGUUCUGCAGUGUCUGGAUCACCUUCCUCCCUGUCUACCACAGCACCAGNGGGANGNUCAUGGUGGUUGUGGAGGUUUUCUCAAUCUUGGCUUCUAGUGCAGGGUUGCUAAUGUGUAUCUUUGUCCCAAAGUGUUAUGUUAUUUUAAUUAGACCAGAUUCAAAUUUUAUACAGAACCGCAAAGGUAAAUCGCUUUAUUGAAACUUCCUGGUAUGAAAUGUUAUAUGAUAUUCAACUUAUCUUAUCUUCAUUUAACAAAAGUAGUACUUUGUCACAAAAAAAAUUAACUAAUAUACAGAUUAUACAAACAGAACAGAAAACCUGAAUAUGUUGAUAACUGGGAAUCUCAGUUGAGGAAUGGGUACCAUCAUUUUGACCUGUGGUUGUGUGUUUAAGCCAUUUGCUUAAUUAAUUAUUAAUAUGAGGUUAACUUACUGUCUGUGAACAGUGCCUCCUCUAGGCACACUGUCCUUGAGUUAUAAGAAUGCGUACUGCAUACAACAUGGACUUGCAUCCAGUAAUCAGCAUUAUUCCACUUGCUUUCAUGGAGUUCUUGCAUCCAAUUUCAUGCCUCGACUUCAUUCAAUGUACUAUGACAAAGGUACAUAAAUAAAUAAACACUUUUCUCACA